AUGGUCCCCAGACCCUACGUAGAAACCGACUUCAGAGCCAUUCGGACUACCCAACCCCUGGCACAUCGACUCGUCAUCUCUAACCUUCCUGCUACUUCUGAUAACAUCGCAAAACUGACGGCGGAAGGGACCAUUGAACACCUACUUGUCCAAGCCGGCAUUAGCGUCAAUGAGCAGCCAGUUUUCUUUCAGUCGCACGAAGUCCUUAACCUCACCGGGCUGUCGGACCCUGCCCAAUCAAGAUACAAGGCCCUAAACACGGAUUAUUUUGAGAUCAUCGGGCCCAAGGACGAAAUUGAAUUCACCAGCAAGAUCUUCAGUUUUCUGAAUAACGACAGCAAGCCGUACUGUGAGUGGGACAAAAGAACGCCGACCCUCUCCUGUUCACUACAACAGCCUCUGACAGCCCAGACUUCCAAACGUCCAGACCCUUCCUCGUUCGAAUCCGAGCUAGUCGACGAAAACAAUCACCGUUGGCCUCGUCUUUUCGCUCAUUUCACCGACGUGAAGGAGAACGACGAAGUACGAUGGGUCCGUCUAGCUUUUGAUUCCGUAAAGCAUUCCGGCAAGGAGAGCUACGACACCAUCGAGCGAGCCCCGGAAGAAGCAAUUCGAAAGGCGAUAAAAGCGCAUUUGGACAAACACUUCGAAGACAUGAAGAACGUCCCCGCCGAGUCGUGCAUUUCGGUCACCAACGAUUCAGGUACACGCGGCGAUCAAUGCAAGGUCCUGGUCGCGGUUCGUAUGGCGAGUGCUUUUAUGGUGGAAAAGAUCACAGCCACGAAGGACCGGUCUACCCUCAGUGCAAAGGUCAACAUCCCAAUGUGACCCACGUCUCGUUUGACGCCACAAGUGACUACGGAACCACUGCUGGUCGAACAAACCAUCACCAGGGUUUUCAAACGCAUCGUGAAAACGCGAGGGAUGCGAGAGCCCUUCGCAAUCGUCGUCUUAUGGGCCAAAUCGAACAGGGACCCCCAGAGUGUGGCCUCGUACCUGAUGAGCUGCCUUAAGGAUGCCGCCGAGUACCCCCAGGAUCCCAUUACGCGACCCAAAGGCACAAUUGUGACGACGGACUACGAGCCGGCUACCGGCCCGGGCCAGCACCAAAAAGCGGUCUUUCGGUUUUCAGUGUCCACAUCCGCCCUGGCAACACACAUCGUGCAGAUGGUACCUUUUCUGCCGGCCCACGACAGAUUCGGCACGAGUUGGCAUGAUGGCGACGAACGUGUAGUCAUCAAGGUCUGCCUAAACAACGAGCGCGCUGAUGCUAUCUCUGCCCGAUUCAAUAAGGCCACGUCGGAGUCGCAAGGGGCUAUCGCCGAAAGUGCUCGACACAUCGAAAAUCGGAUCGACAUGAUUCAGGACGUCUUCCAGACCCUCGCCACAACGUAUGCGGAGGACAAGCGAAGGAACGAACAGAUCGCGCAAGAAACUCGGCAAAUGAUGCAUGCGCUCCACAUGAGUGAAAGGCACGAGAUCGCUCUCGAGCCUCACUGA